AUGCCGGACGCACUGACCCUCAUUAAGAACCGCACGGAGCCUCGGCUGGGACAGCUGGAGCGCACCCUGAGCGCGGAGGGGGUUGAACGCCCCGCCUGGGUGAUUGGCAUCCUGGCCUCUGUGCUCAUCUUCACCACUGUGGUGGAUGUGCUGGGCAACCUGCUCGUCAUCAUCUCUGUCUUCAGGAACCGCAAGCUCCGGAACUCCGGUAAGACGCGCUGUGUUCGCUGGAUGAUGAAAGGCUGCGAAAGUGCGCUCGAACUUGUUUCACAAACACAUUCGGCUCCAGCACUUUGA